CCACAGGGAAGCGCUUCCGGGUGCUGCCCCCGGAAGGGCUCCGGCUGAGGCGGCGGAGGGAGCGGGGCCGGCGGCGGCGGGGCCGGGUCCGGCUGCGGGGCAUGGGGAGGAACGGGAGAGAGAUGGAAGAGGAGGACGUGAGAGUAGGUUAACGCUGGCUGCUGACGCACCGGGACGGCUCGGGGAUGGCCUCUCCGUUGGCUGGGCCCACAGCAGUGGCGGAUGUAAUAAAAGAUGUAGACACGCAGAUAGCUUUGAUUGGUUCGGGUCCCCACAACCCCAAGAAGAAGCAGGACCUGGACAAGCUUUACGACCUAAAAGCUAAAGCCCAGCAGAUUAUGAACCAGUUUGGCCCUUCUACCUUGAUCAACCUCUCCAACUUCUCCUCGAUAAAGCCAGAACCGGCCAGCACCCCCCCGCAGAGCUCCAUGGCCAACAGCACCACCGUGGCCAAGAUGCCCGGGACGCCCAGCGGAGGAGGGCGGCUCAGUCCCGAAAGCAACCAGGUUUUAACCAAGAAGAAGCUGCAGGACCUGGUGCGUGAGGUGGACCCAAACGAGCAGCUGGAUGAAGAUGUGGAGGAAAUGCUGUUGCAGAUCGCCGACGAUUUCAUAGAGAGCGUGGUGACGGCUGCCUGCCAGCUCGCGCGGCAUCGCAAGUCCAACACCCUGGAGGUGAAGGACGUCCAGUUGCACCUCGAGCGUCAGUGGAACAUGUGGAUCCCAGGCUUUGGUUCUGAAGAAAUCAGACCCUACAAAAAAGCCUGCACUACAGAAGCUCACAAACAGAGAAUGGCACUGAUUCGCAAAACCACCAAGAAAUAGCCCCUGGGAAGAGCUGGGAGAUGACGCCAGUGCAUUUUGGGAUAUCUGCCUCUCCACUGAAGCCUCCACGAUGCCAUCCACGGGAUAUUUUUUUUAAUGCUUUACAGAGAAGCAUAUAUUUUUUAUUAACGGUGCAGCAAUAUCUGACUUUACGAGAUCUGCCAAAAACAUUCUACGCCCCCGUCCUCAUUCCCUGUAAGAGCGCAACAUAUCUCAAAAACAAAGACUUUUAUUUGUGACUUGAAAGUGGUUUAUCGUAUAAGUGAUUAUCCGAGGGCCAGAGCAUUUGAUCUUGUGUGGGACAGUAUUAGAAGCAUCUGUAGAGGUUUUUGUUUCCUCCUUCCUGCCCCUACCUGCUCCAGUACUUUGUAAUGUCAGUGUUUAUAUAAAUACUUGCGUUUGUUUUACAUGAAUAAAGAAAUUAUUAAUCUAAA